AGCAUUUGCAGUCGGAAUCCCAAUACCAGACUGUGCAGCUGAGCUGGGGCUUUCACAGGGUUUGGAUUCUAAACAUCUUUCACCAUGAGUUUUGGCGUUAAGGGCGGCAGCAGCGGAAGCGGUGGCAGCAGCGGAGGCAUUCGAGUUGGAGGCGGCAGUGGUGGCUUCAGCAGCAGCAGCGGCGGGCGCAUUAGUGGUGGUGGAGGUGGAGGUGGAGGUGGAGGUGGCAGAAGUAUCAAAAUUACAAGCUCGUCCUCAGGGUCCUCAAGGGGAUUUUCUGGAAGAAGUUAUGGUGGAGGAGGAUCCAGGAGUGGAGGGGGUGGUUUCAGCAGCGGUAGCUGCGGAAGAAUAAGCAGAGGGAGAAUAUCCUAUGGAGGUAGCACCUAUGGCGGUGGCGGCAGCUAUGGCGGUGGCAGCUAUGGCGGCGGCAGCUAUGGCGGUGGAGGCUAUGGCGGCGGAGGCUAUGGCGGUGGCGGUUAUGGCGGUGGUGGCUAUGGGGGUGUUUGCUAUGGGGGUGGUGGCGGCGGGGGCUACUACCCAUUCAGCAGUGGCAGUUUCACUAUGGGAGCUGGUGAGGGUGGCCUCCUCUCCACCAAUGAAAAGUCAACCAUGCAACAUCUUAAUGAUCGCCUGGCUAAUUACAUGGACCAGGUGCGAAACCUGGAAGAGGAAAAUUCUCAACUUGAGAUCUACAUCAGAGAAUGGUACCAAAAGCAUGGUGAUGUUAGUGAACCAAGGGACUACUCUGGCUAUUAUCAGCAAAUUGACCAGCUCUACAAUGAGCUUAUUUCUGAAACAGAUGAUUACAACAAAAUCCUUCUGAAUAUUGAUAACACCAGGAUGACUGCUGAAGAUUUUAAACUGAAGUAUCAAACCGAAUCUGGUCUCCGUCAGAAUGUGGAGGCUGAUCUCAAUGGAUUGCGCCCCCUCUUGGAUCAACUGACUCUUGCGAGGUCUGAUCUGGAGAUGCAGUUUGAGUCUCUGAGAGAGGAGUUGAUGUCUCUCAAGAAGAACCAUGAGGAGACCCUGAGAGAACUAAGAAAUCAACGGGGUCAUGGUGAGGUCAACGUUGAGGUGAACGCGGCCCCCGGCCAGGAUCUGAAGCAACGUCUUGAUCAGCUCAGGGCUGAAUAUGAAGCCAUCAUCGAACAAAACCGCAGAGAGGUGGAGAAGUGGUAUGAAACCAAGAUGGAGGAGGUUCGCCAACAGGUCACUUCAAGCGACCAGGAGAUAACUACAGGCACCAAGCAAGUGACAGAGCUGAGACGGGAAUUACAGUCCUUGGAGAUUGAGCUGCAAUCCCAAAUCAGCCUAAUCCAGUCUCUGCAGAGCAAUCUGGAGGACACAGAACGUCGGUACAAUAUGCAGCUGCAACAGAUUCAGUGCAUGAUUGAGCCAGUGGAAGGAGAGCUGGCCAGCAUCCGCUGUGAGAUCGAGAGCCAGAGCCAGGAGUACCAGAUGCUCCUUGGCAUCAAGACCCGUCUGGAACAGGAGAUCAUCCAGUAUCGCCGGCUGCUCGAGGAAGGACAGCAAGAAAUUGGCUCAGUAGGAAUAGGAGGAGGAUACGGAGGAGGAACUGGAGGAGGAUACGGAGGAGGAUACGGAGGAGGAUACGGAGGAGGAACAGGAGGAGGAUACAGUGGUGGCAGAAGGGGUAGCGGUGGCAGAAUUAGCGGAGGCGGCAUCAGCAGUGGUGGAGGCAGCAUUGGCGGAGGCAGCAUUGGCGGAGGCGGCAUCAGCGGAGGAGGAGGCAGUGGCGGAGGAACCAUCGGAGGAGGUGGUUCGGGUAUUGGUGGAGGCAUCGGUGGCGGAAGC